CCGUGACUGGGUCGGGUUUCUUUACUCCUCUCCUAUAAAAGCCCUCCAAGCGUUCCUCUGAGAAAAACAUUCCCUCUGACAUCAUGGAAGCAGAUAAGCUGAUUGAAUCCAUCUUCAGAGCCUUCAUGUUUAUGGCAGGAAUCCUGGGAAACAACUGGCUGGCUGUAGUUUCUCUCCCCAGAAAAAUGUCAGAAAUUCACACCAACGAAGUCCUUUUCAUCAACCUGGCCGUCUCCAACCUCAUCACAAACUACCUGGUGGACUUGCCUGACACGGCCGUAGACUUUGCCGGACGCUGGUUCCUGGGGGAAACCUACUGUGGCAUCUUUCAUUUUUGCUCUGAUCUCUCUGAAACCAGCAGUAUCUUCACAACACUCUUCAUCAGCGCUUUCUGGCACCAGAAGCUGGUCGGCUCCCUGAGGCGUGGAGGUGCUCCGGUGCCGCUGGACAGCUUGCACCUUGUAGGGUGCCUGCUGGCUGGGAGCUGGAUGCUGGCCGUGGCCUUCGGCGUCCCUCACUACUUCUUCGCCUCAUUGGAAAGAAGGAACGAGAGCCAUGAGAGCUGCGUACAGGUCUUCCCUGAUGCACUUUCUAGGCAAACCUAUGAGACGACUUAUUUAACCGUGGCUAACGUCCUUCCUCUUGCAGGAAUCUUCAUUGCAAGUGUUCAGAUUGUUGUGACUUUGCUCCAAAACCAGAAGCGCAUCCUAAGCCAUAACUCUGACCCAGCCAAGCAGAUGAUUAAAGGAGAAAGUGAGAGCAAAAGCAUCAAUACCAUUUCAGUUGGGAUUGUUUCUGAUCCAGACACCGCCAAAGAGCUCAAAGACUCUUCAUCCCGAAUUCACACGCAGGUCGAGAAGUCACCGAAACACAGGGCAAGAUCAAGCCCUCAGGCGCGGGCGGCCAAGAGCGUGGUGGCUGUGGCCAGCGUGGUUGUGGUCUGCUGGCUGACUCAUCUGCUCCUGCGCAUCUCCAGCAACAUCCACACUUCAUCAGUGGUGCUGGAGGUGGCCAGCUAUGUGGCAGCCUCCUACAACUGCAUCAUCCCCUACAUAUUUCUGUACGGGGUGAAAAAAAUGACUUGCUCGUGCAAAACGAAAGGCUAAAUAAUGGUACAGAUCUUUUAAUUAUGCAAGCAUUACAAUAAGCUUCUGCAGAAGAAGACCCUGGCUGUUUUAGGGUGCCAUUUGUGAAGUCAAACAGUCAUAACUUAGCAGUGAUAAUUUGGGUUAUUUAGCCUACCAUAAAAGUCAUAUUUUCACCAUGUUAUUCAUACAUUGUUAAAUGUAAACGUACCCAAAUAAAUAUUCAGCCAUCAAGCUAAAUAUUUGUUUUUACUAA